AUGCCUUCAGACAUCCGGCUCCGCCUGACCAUCCGCAGGCACGGCAUUCCCGAAGUCAAGCUCGUUUGGCCGUGCGCUGCUUCCGAAGAUUUUACGAUCGCAAAACUCCUAAGCCAAGUCAACGAUGCAAUCCCUCUCGAGAGCGGCCAGUGGGGUUUUGAGGACUACGCCGUAGAGCUCGCCGAUGCCUCUGGCGAUAACUUCGAAUGCCUGCACUACCAACGGGUUGCAGCCGUUUUCAAGAACGAUGACCAAGUCCUAAUCCGGUCCCUUCUCACCGAUGAUCUUAAGCGUCGCCGACUUAGUGGUCGCCACCAGAUAUCGUCUGAUGGAAAGCACCUUGUAGAUGGCCUUGCCUUUGGCCGGCCCUGGCUGCGCACCCCCGGUGAUCGACCUCCAGUUACGCUUCCUCCCCGAAAACGAGCUCGCAUUACGUACGAUGACGAUGAACUCGACGAUGAGGAGGACCAGGAAGAAGAGGAGGUGCGAGGAAAGUUGCUUCUGGAAGAGGCGCAACCUUUACGCAUAGGUCGUAAUGGAAGACUGCUCCUGGACACCUCCGAACCUUUGGUUAGGUACCUGGACAAUGGCACGGACGACGAGAAUGACCAGGAUUAUGUUCCCAGCGGUGCCUCUAAGGAGGGACUCUCUGCUGGCGAUAACGAAGACGAGGAUGAUGGGGACGAAGAUAUAGUCGAUGACGGGGAAGAUUUGGACGAGGAAAUCCGACUCUUGCAAGCAGACAACGAAAUCGUUGGCGAGCCUUCAUCGCUCGGUGCAAUAGAUUUACCGACAGAGCCUCCCAGAAAUCUGAUCCAGGACUUUAUCCGUGCCAUCGAGGCUCCUUCCGACCCCGUUACAAUGAUAGCGCUCCAAGCAGCGUUCCCAGUAACCCCCAAAACCACGAUCGAGAAUCAACUUAGGGAGAAUGAGAUGGAUAUUCGAAGAACAUAUUUGUCUCUGGGCGCAUCAUAUGAUGCAGCUCUGAGCUACGACGAGCUACUGGAUGGGUGUGUGACCGGACGCUUUGAGCACCAAGCCAAAAUUGCAGAAACGGAGGAGGCUCUGGCAAAGGCUCCUGCGAGACCACUAAUCCAGGAGGUUGAAACUAUUGAUGCCCCCCUGGCUUCCCAUACUAGAGCUCACGGCAAUGGGAACAUGGCCGAUGACGAUACGAGCGAGAGCGGUGAUGGGACAUCAAGUUCGGAUGAUAGUAGUUCCAGUUCAGAUUCAGAUUCCGACUCUGGCCCAGACUCAGAGGAAGACUCAGAGGAAGGCUCGCCAGCUCACCACAACCGUGUGGUACCGCAGAGACCAGUGAGCUCUGAUGAAGAAUCCAGCUCCGACGACAGUUCAGACAGCGACUCUGACUCCAGCUCCAGCUCUGGAGGAAUAUCGCUUGUCAAUAAUACCAAACGCGCAAUCGCAGUUGUGGAGGAAGUGGGGAGUUCGAGCGAUGAAUCCUCUGAUUCUUCAAGCGAUGACUCCGAUAGUUCCGAGAGUAGUUCAGAUUAUGACUCAAUCUCUUCCUCAAAACCUGAAGAAGCCUCAUCGAAGCCGCCGGCGGCCUCGACAAGGCCCAGGAUUGAGGUGGUGGAGAGCACGCCACUUAUCACCGAACUGAAGCAAAAGACAGCUGUAUCCUCCCCUGCGACCACUACAGAAUCUAAUACAGUUGGUCACGGCCAGGGUCUGAGUAGAACUCAGAAGCGGAACGCUCGUAGGAAGAUGCUAAACAAACUAAAGAAAGUGGAAGAGCAGAAUGAGAUUGCUCGGAAUAUCACAACGGACAGUCUUAGCCAAGAACUCUUGACCAGGAAACAAGCGCUCUUAGAUGCUGUGGCUGAAAAAGCUGUAACGGCUGAUGACGAAGAGAUGGCAGGCGUGGACGGCCAGGGCAGCGAGGAGGUCACUGCAUCGAGGCCCCCCAAAAAACAACAGACAGAAACGCCUGUUGCAAAUCCAGAAGUUGAAGUGGUCACGAAUACCAAGGAAUCCUCUACUACAAGUCAACGUCGUAUGCGCGUUGAUAUGGGCGCAGGACGACGGCUCCUUUUUGGUGCUCUGGGGGUCAAGGCUCCAAAAUCAAAAGCUGAUGAAGAAACUCUCAAGAAGGACUUGAUGAAAGAUGUUCGCCCCCUUAAGAAUCAUCGGCACCUCGAGAAUGGAGAUACCCCCCCAUCAGGCCAAGGCUCAAACCCUGCUAACAAGGUUGAGGAUUCUCCACCGGACGACGACUGGAAGGAGAAAAUCACUUACCGGGCAGUUGAGUGUUGCUACGAAGGUGUGGCACUAAGUGAACCACCGUUUCCGUUCGUCCAACGAUGGGAUCCUCAGCAACAAUACGGGUCUAUGCGGAAGCGAAAGCGCGACUCGCAGAAUUUCACGCAGGACGAGCCUUACGACGAUGAAGAGGGUCAAUCGUACGAAUACCCUGAACCGUCCGGGGCCCGCUUUGGAAGCGCACACAAGAAGGCUCGAAAAAGUAGAAGCCAAGAGCAGAAAGCGUCCCAAAGGAUUGAUACACAGGCAACUGAUGAUAUUGUGCUCAACUACGAUGACCCACCUACUCAGGAACGGGAGGGCACCCUGAAGAAGGAGACUGAAGACCUCCCUUCUAUUCCGGAUGAUGUCACAAAACUCGCUCUUCUCCAGCGAGAUACGGUAAAGCCUGGAAUGGUCAUUACUUGGAAACAGUUGUCCAUGUCGAACAACUGGCAGCCCCAAUUGACAUCGGUUGCGGGGACUGUGAUUUCCGUGAGUGAUGGACAGCGGUUGCAUGUGGUACUUGCCAAGCGUGAUCGUGACCAGCGCGAGAAGCUUUACGAUGAUGAAACGGGUGAGAGGAUAUAUGAUAAAUUUGAAAUGCCAGAUGAUUCAGCUGAGGAGGACGACGCAGAGGAUGAUGGACAUCGUGACUUGGGAUGGAACGAGCUCAUGGAGCCUCGGAUUGUCCAGGAGGCGCCAUCAUCCCCGCAGGCCUCUGAACUUGCGAACAAGCAAGCAUCUCCAGCAGAACCCGAAGCUAUGGUGCUGGACCGGGUUCGGGUCGAGGAGGUGCAGGGGCAACAAGACCAGGACAUGACUGAUUCGCUUCCCCAAUCAGGCCAGGGCAUGGUUCACUUGGAAUUCUCGAUCCCUUCACUGGAUCCGCCGACAACAAAUAGCGACGGCAGCCGAGCUGGGGCUUCCCAAAGUCAACCGGGUGACGAUCAGACAGGAUCUGGUAUGCUGCAACAGGAGGAGAAGCCCCUUAUCGAAGUCGUGCAGAGUUCAGAUGAGUCGGACUCGGAUUCGGAUUCAGACUCAUCCUUCCAAGAUGCUGCCGUGUCGCUUGAUGCCAUUGUUGAAAGCACCAAUUCGGAAGCAGGAGAUGAUGCCAACCAAAGCCUCUCGCAAGGCUCAGACCCGGCCUCAAGCCCGAGCAUUCAUAGUGGUCGUCAACCUGGAACAGAAUUGGAAGUGCCUGACUCGAUGAAUCAAAGAGAAGAUGAAGACGAGGCUGAACCGAUUAUCUUUGAUACAAAACAAGAAGAGAACGGGGUCACACCCAAGGCAAGGCGAGGGUCAUCUGGAGAUGGAUCGAGUUCUUCGGAGCUCCCUUCCAUCGAAGAGUUAUGGGAAACGGCGCGCACAUCGAAACAAACUCGUGGCGUCUUAAAGGCAUCCCAGGAAUCAACGACGCGCAAAGAAAAAGCUACGGGCGAUGUUGAGCCCCAGGGGGGGAUGCCGAAACUAAACGAUGCGGAGCGUGACGGAGCUACUCCUCGACUCCGACAGAGUACGACACGAAACCUGUUCCCAAAUGCUUCACAGCCAAUUGUAUCACACUCUUUAGAGGAUUUGGAUGAUCUAAAUGGCCAAAAGACCAACGGCCGCAGUCUACGCCAACGGACAGGUUUCGCCUCGCCCCUCGGAAAGGAUAUUUUGCAGUCAAGCCCUGGACCAGCCCCAGUGACAUCGGAAGAAGAUAACGGUGAGGAUGACGAGGAUAACGAAGAUGAUUCAUCCAAGAGCAGUAAGGAGAAUAGACCGCAAGAGAAGCUUGUGCGGCUAAGUAAGGGCCCUGAGCGGCAACGCAUUCGCAGAGAGAAAUUCAAGGCCGACCUUAGGCACAAGAGUCUGCCUCUAGCAACAGGUGUACGAUCCGGCAAGAAGUACUCACCCAAGACGGGAGGGAGAAGCGUUUCCGUAGUAGGACGAAGAAGUACUAAGAAGAUGUGA